AUGAAAUUAAUUGGAAUACCUAUAUUGUUAUCAGUCUUACUUCUCCUUAGUGCUUCUGCCUAUCUUGUUAUGCAUUAGAAUAGCAGCAGAAUGAUAAACUUAGAGUCUGGUUUUAAAGAUACUAGCUGUUUGGAUGUCGAAAUUGUUUAAGUAGGACAUGCUUAUCCUACUUACGAUUUAUAUGCUGUAAAUAUUUGCGAAAAACCUAAAAGAUUUACUUUGGUCUAUAAUAUCCCAGGAUAUCCUUCUAAAACUUUCAAAUCUGAAUGCUUAGAAUAGAAUUAAAAAGAGGAUACACCUCUCUUAUACAACCUCUCUGUAGUAUCAAAAUCAUUUUAGGAAGAUUGCUGA